AAGACCUAGUGUUGUAAAUUGAUGUCAAUUUGGAGUCACCGAUACUAAUGGCACUAAUAUCCAUAUCAGACAUGACCUCCCGAUUGGUAUACUACUUAACCGACGACUAUUGGGACCAAAUGGGUGAUCCGCGUACACAUGAUCUGCCAUUUGUUUCGGGCGGCAUUUGGCAGAUAUUAACCGUAAUGACUGGCUAUCUAUUGGUAACACGCAAACUGUUGCCCGUCUUUAUGGCCAAUCGGUCGGCGUAUGACAUGAGACGACCGAUGUUUAUCUACAACAUAGUGAUGGUUGCGGCCAAUGCCUACCUGUUUGUUGAAGCAGUGGGCGCUUGUGAGCUCGGACGGGUAUUUUUGAAUUUCAAAUAUCCGGACCAAACGGACCGAUCGGUUGGUACGAUGCGAUUCUUGAGCAUUGAAUGGCUCUUCUGGAUGACCCGUUUUCUCGAUCUAUUGGAUACCGUAUUCUUUGUAUUGCGCAAAAAGGACAGUCAGAUAACAUUUCUACAUCUCUAUCAUCACACUGUUGUACCCAUACUGUGCUGGCUGUGCCUCAAAGUCAACCCGAAGGCACCGAUUGUACUGUUGUUCGGUAUUUGCAAUACACUGAUCCACGUAAUUAUGUACACUUACUACGGAUUGGCCAGCUUUGGACCGGCUAUUCAGCGGUACUUGUGGUGGAAAAAGUACAUAACCGUCGCACAGAUCAUCCAGUUUGCCAUUUGUGGUACAUAUGGUGUCGUACUAUACUUCAUGCAAACGGGUUAUCCGAUGAGUUGGUUUGUGGUCGCCGUCGGCCAGAAUCCGCUCUUCUUUUUCCUAUUCUAUGACUUCUAUCGCCAAACAUAUCGUCAAAAGAAGCGACAAAUUAUUAUUGAGAAAAAACAACAUUCAAAAAGUCAUACAAAUUAA